ACAGCGCUUGCGGUCCGCGUAGAAUUGAAGCAUUACAUUUUGGACGUCAGGCUACGUUGCUACGGCGUACACUCGACGCAGAAGUAUAAAUCAGCCUUUAUAGUCUUCAAAAUUCAUACAAGUUCAUUUGAUGGACAAAACGUAAAACGAUCUUCAGACCAGGCGUUUGAUCGCGCUUCUGUUCCUCCUGCCUGACGCUUCAAACGCUUCACCUCACAACACUCUCAUCAGACGCAGGAAACACACGCACUUCCAGGAUGGCAACCAUCACCUGCACACGCUUUACAGAGGAAUACCAGCUGUUUGAGGAACUGGGAAAGGGAGCCUUUUCUGUGGUGCGAAGAUGUGUGAAAGUUCUCUCAGGGCAAGAGUACGCUGCUAAGAUCAUCAACACAAAGAAGCUGUCUACUCGGGAUCACCAGAAGCUGGACAGGGAGGCUAGGAUCUGCAGACUGCUGAAGCACUCCAAUAUUGUGCGACUCCAUGACAGCAUCUCAGAGGAAGGCCACCAUUACCUCAUCUUUGACUUAGUAACGGGUGGUGAGCUGUUUGAAGACAUUGUUGCCAGGGAAUAUUACAGCGAAGCAGAUGCCAGCCACUGCAUACAGCAGAUUUUGGAGGCAGUACUUCAUUGCCAUCAGAUGGGUGUCGUGCACAGAGACUUAAAGCCAGAGAACCUGCUUCUGGCUUCCAAAUCGAAAGGGGCAGCUGUGAAGUUGGCAGACUUUGGCCUUGCCAUUGAGGUUGAAGGGGACCAACAGGCCUGGUUUGGGUUUGCUGGCACUCCUGGUUACCUGUCCCCUGAAGUCUUACGGAAGGACCCUUAUGGAAAAGCUGUAGAUCUGUGGGCAUGUGGUGUGAUUCUCUACAUCCUGCUUGUUGGAUACCCCCCCUUUUGGGAUGAAGACCAACAUAGACUCUAUCAGCAAAUUAAAGCUGGCGCCUAUGAUUUUCCUUCACCUGAGUGGGACACAGUCACUCCUGAAGCUAAAGAUCUCAUUAAUAAGAUGCUGACCAUCAACCCAGCCAAACGCAUCACUGCUGCGGAGGCGCUCAAGCACCCAUGGAUCUCACAUCGCUCCACUGUUGCAUCUUGCAUGCAUAGACAGGAGACUGUUGAAUGUUUGAAGAAGUUCAAUGCCAGAAGGAAGCUCAAGGGUGCUAUUCUCACUACUAUGCUGGCCACCAGAAACUUCUCAGGUGGAAAGAGUGGCGUCAGCAAGAAGACAGAUGGUGUGAAGAAAAGGAAGUCCAGUUCCAGCACCCAGCUGAUGGAAUCAUCGGAGAGUACCAACACCACAAUUGAGGAUGAGGAUACUAGAGUGAGGAAGCAAGAAAUCAUCAAAGUAACUGAGCAACUCAUUGAAGCCAUCAGCAAUGGAGACUUUGAGAAUUACACGAAGAUGUGUGAUCCCAGCGUUACAGCGUUUGAGCCUGAGGCCCUGGGCAAUCUGGUGGAGGGACUGGAUUUCCAUCGCUUCUACUUUGAAAACUUGUGGUCAAAGAACAGCAAGCCAGUUCACACUACCAUCCUGAACCCUCAUAUCCAUCUGAUCGGAGAGGAGGCCGCCUGUAUCGCCUACAUUCGUAUCACGCAGUACCUGGACACGAACGGAAUGCCAUGCACUGCCCAGUCAGAGGAGACGCGAAUCUGGCAUCGUAAAGAUGGCAAGUGGCAGAUAGUCCAUUUCCAUCGGUCAGGCUCUCCGUCUGCCAUCACUAAAUAAGAGAGUCAGUCGUCAACAUCAGAGUUGCAGGAUCACUCGCUUGAGGAUGUACAAGCUCCGAGCUUCUCAUCUUUUCCUUGAACUUCAUUGGCCCUCUGCUUUACAGUGUCAUCACAUUCACAUCAGCAUUUAUUCCUCAUUGCUCAGAACACUUCUUUUAUGGAUAAACUAUGAUGAAGCCACGUUGUGCUGUGUGGUAUUAAUUUUUUUCAGUAUAUUUGGGUAUGUUUACAAAAUCAGCCACCAUGUUUCGACCAUAAGUGUGCAAAAACGUGCUAUUUGGGACAAGCAUGGAGCAAGUACUACAUUCCAACCAAAAGAGAUCCUGUUGCCUGUGUUUUAUAAAAACGACACGGGUGUUUCGAUAUAUUCUUUUUAACUUUUCUUCAAUGCAGUAAACAUUUAGGCAUUAGUUUUUCAAUCUCUCUCUCCUAUGCCUGUAAUAAAACUCGAUUGUAACAAUCCUAUUGAAAAGGAGACAACAAAAUCUUGAAUACAUGUUUAGAUAUUUGAAAUAAAGUCAAUUCCACAUCUACAUUUAACGUUUAACUGCUAGGUAAGAAUAUUGUAAUUACUUUUUCAUGUGAAUAGAUAUCAACCAAUUUUCAGAACUCUUUCUACCGUAGUUAAGCACAUUGAACAACAGCGAAUUUCAGUAUACGUUUAGCCCUUGAAAUCAAAGCUGCAUCGAUAGCACAAAAAAAAAAAAUCUGCACUGCAAGAACAGAUGGAUCAAGGGGGCUGAGCAACCCACUCAACGAACUGUUGCUUAAAGUUAAAGAUGAUGCUGACGGUGGCAUUAUGCUUUGUGGGGCUACAGUAACUGCAUGUGAGACCUUUGCUCCAAGAUUUUUUGUUUUCCAGAGCCUGGGUCUGGUGUGGUGUGCUCAGAGCACUUUGAUAAAGUUCUUCCAGUAGAGCUGGUAUAUUUGUUCUUCCUUUUGUAUCUUAGGAUUCAGGGAUUUUUUCUUUUCACUACAAAAGGAAGUCUCUUGAAGUCACAGAAGCUCUACGUUUGAUGUCUAGGCUUAACGUCUAUUCAAAUUCAAUGGAAGCAUGUUGUUGUUGGAGAGGGAGAGCUUUCAAUAAUGGGUGUUGUUACCAGUGAGGGAAGUGCUAAUCUACUGGUGUUGUUUUUAAAACGCUCUAUUUGCUUGACAACAGAAGGCGCUCAUCGCUCACAAAUGUGCGUUCAUAUUUAUUAUCAAGAACAAUGGAAUCACAGCUGUUAAAAUGAUUCAAGAAAGAAGGUGGACAUUGCUAAUUCUACAUAGUGAUGCUCAGCAUUUUAACUUGUUGAUAUUGUAUUCAGACUAUUGCAGUUUCUGGGCUAUUCAACUCAGUCUUUUUGUCUUAUCUAAAAAUUUGUAAGGUAUAUUAACACAUUUUGCAUCUUAUAUGCACAGAUUAAUGUAUGUUCAGAUUUAUUAAACCAUUUACAUUUUAUUAGUAAUACUGUAUGAGCUGAUUAGUCAGAUUUGUCAAAUAAUGCUUAGUAUUUAUUUUGAAAAACAAGAAUGUUGAUGUGAUGAAUGUAUGCACGAUUUUUUUGGUUAUUUGAUUCAUUUUAUCAAAACAAGGUGUACAAAUGUUUGGCCAUGGCUGUAUAAAACCGCUAUUCAUCAGGUUUGAUUGUGUGAUAUACUACCAUAAACAGAAAACCACCUGCAAUCUUCACAAUUUUAUCCGACAAAGAUCCACUCGUAAUAUUUGAACGAGUGAAUUAUUAUUCAACUGUCAUUACAGAACUCAAUCCUUUUCCUCUUUAUUUACCUUCUUAGAAAGACAUUUAGAACUGAAAAAUAAAAUGCAUGGAAAACCUUUUCUAUGUCCUCUAGUAACAUGUUUCAUUGUAAACGGCUACUGAAAGACACUUGCUUUGUGGCCUCUUUGAUGUUUUUGUCUUCUCUAUUGUUUCAGUACAGUUUAUGAAAGGCAUAGCAGCAUUUUGAUAGUUUUUUGACGUAUAUACUGUGUUUUGUUGAGGCAUGCUGUUUUUAUUGUCAAAAAGUGGGUGGGUACGAUAUUGUUUUCAGAGUAAAAUGUACUUUUUGCAGUUUGGCUCUAAUGCAACCGGGCUUAUAAAUAAAAGUGCUUUACAAAGUG